CUGGAGCCGCAGAGGACCGUCAGCCUGUAACAGAGGGAGAAAGUGCGCCUCCAGCUCCGCGCUCACACGCGCACGGCGAAGGGGAUGCUCUCACGGGCACGCGUGCAGAGAAGUUCCUGUGGCGCGCACACACUCGCAUGCUGACAGGCAGGCGGGCGGGCGGGCGGGCACAACCCCUUCCAUUAUCUGUGCGGCGAGCAGCGAGAGGGCUGCACUCCCCUCCUCAGCAGCAGGACAGUCUUCCACCAGAGAUCACACCCCAGCUUCUGCAACUGAAGCUGCUGCCAGUGGGACAGCCAUGGAUGACACCCUCACCUGCAGCCAUGCCACCUUCUCCCAGGUGUUUGGACGCCAGGGGCAGCUCAUGCACGCCACGGUCCAGUCCCUCAACAGCCUGAACGACCAGAUCGCCCAGUUCAUGGUGAGCAGACCCUGCAGCCUGGCUCACGAGGACGAGGCCUUCAUCCCUGGAGAGAGAGACACCUUGAAGAAGUCCAUGACUCUGAUGAGACACCUGCUCGUGGAUGCUCAGGGGAAAAUCCUUAAAAUGAUGGAAGACAACAAACAGCUGGCACAGAGGAUCGACGGGGCCAUCCAGUCCGCCAGCCGGGAGGUGACCAACCUCCGCUCCGAGCUCUCCGCCACCAGCCGCAGACUGGCCGAGCUGGGUGCCAGCAGCCCCCCGGCCCUGGAGAACCACCACCAGUACAUCCACCACCACCACCACGGCGACAGCCUGCACUACCGGGAUCCAUCGGUGCAUCAAAGACGGAAGACGGCUGUGAAGGACAUGUGCUACCCCACGGAGAUAUCCAGCCUGAUGGACUUUGGCACCCCGGACUGCACCCUGGGCAAAGUGUUGUUGCGUGAGGAGGUGGUCCAGCUUCAAGAGGAGGUCCACCUGCUGAGGCAAAUGAAGGACAUGUUGAGUAAGGACCUGGAGGAGACCCAGGGAGGCUGCUCUGCCAAUCUGCUCUCAGCCACGGAGCUGCGAGUGCAGCUGGGCGACAAGGAGCAGGAGCUGGACCGCGCCAAGGAGGCCCUACAAGCGAUGAAAGCUGAUCGUAAGCGUCUAAAAGUGGAGAAGGCGGACUUGGCGAGUCAGAUGCAGCAGCUGUACGCAACACUGGAGAGCAGAGACGACCAGCUGCGAGAAUUCAUACGCAACUACGACCAGCACCGAAAGGAGAGUGAGGAUGCAGUGAAAGCCCUGGCGAAGGAGAAGGACAUGCUGGAGAGGGAGAAGUGGGACCUGAGGAGGCAGACCAAAGAAGCGACAGAGCAGGCCAACAUCCUGCGCUCUCAGAUGGACGUGAAGGAGAACCGGCUCAAGGAGCUGGAGGCCGAGCUCACCAUGGCCAAACAGUCCCUGGCCACCUUGACAAAAGAUGUGCCGAAGCGGCACUCGGUGGCCAUGCCCUCGGAGCCCGUGGUGAACGGCAGCCAGGAGUGGGUGAUGCACGCCGACCUGCCGCUCACCGCCGCCAUUCGUCAGAGCCAGCAGACGCUCUACCACGGACACGCCACGGAGCGACAGGCCGUGGUCAGGAUCAGCCCCUGCCACUCUCGGCAGCCCUCCGUCAUCUCCGACGCCUCCGCGGCCGACGGAGACCGCUCUUCCACGCCCAGCGACAUCAACUCCCCCCGUCACCGGACCCACUCCCUGUGCAAUUCCAUGGAGGACCUGGAGGACCAGAAGCGUAAGAAGAAGAAGGAGAAGAUGACUCUGGGAUCCCUCUCUCGGGUCUUCGCCCGAGGCAAGCAACGCAAGUCACUGGACCCCGGCCUGUUUGAUGACUGUGAAAGCCUCACGCGGCAGAGCCUGUGUGACGGCGAGGAGCAGCUGGACCGCCUCCAGCAGGCGGAGCUCACCCGCAACACAUGCAUGUCGCUGUGGAGGGCCGGUGCAGUCCAGGCCUGGCUGGAGGUUGUCAUGGGAAUGCCCAUGUACAUCAGAGCCUGCUCCGAAAACGUCAAAAGUGGCAAGGUCCUGCUGGGCCUGACGGAUGAGGAUUUGGAGCUGGGUCUGGGUAUCAGUAACCCCAUGCAUCACAGGAAACUGAGACUGGCCAUUGAGGAUUACAGGAGAGCCGAAGGGGACCAAGGGCUAUCCAAAGUGUCCGAGAUGGACCACCACUGGGUUGCCGCGUCGUGGCUGAGCGACGUGGGCUUGCCUCAGUACUCGCGGACCUUCCAGGCUCAUCUGGUGGACGGGCGGGUGCUGAACUCUCUGAGCCGCCGGGACCUGGAGAGGUUUCUCAGCAUCGGCGACCAGUUCCACCAGACCAGUCUGCUUCUGGCAAUACAGCUCUUGCAGAUGCUCAGUUUUGAUAAAGAGGUCAGACUGAAGAUCGACGUUUACAAUUGACAUCAUUUACAUAGACGCAAAGCCACUGACGGGCCCGU